AUAGGUAUACCGUGGUUUAUAUGUAUCGUGCGGCGUGUUAUUUAGAUCUUUACGGGAUAUAAAGCAAAAAACCAUAAUAGGGAUAUACGCCUGUAUUUGAUUGCUUUCUAAUUAUUUUUUCAAUUGCCUCUAGAAUCUAGUUAAGACACUCUGCUAUCAAUUUAAAUUACUUAUUAUAUGGUUGUUACAACAGGUCUGUAAAAAUAAUUGUUGAAAGAUCAGUGUGCUAGGUUUAGGUAAUUAUGAUACACUUUAGGAGUGUGGCAUUAAAAACUCUCAAUUGCUUAGCAUCUGUUGGUUGAAUAAAAAGCCAUAGAAUUAUUGCAUUAAUUGGUUUUUGAUGGAAAUCCGUAGGAUCCUGCUAAAUCUUUUGUAAGUUGUGUUUCAUGAUUUGACGAAUUCAUUGUUACGAUUUUUAACUAUAGUAAUUAGUCAGGUAUCUUAGAACUCGAAAAUUACUAUUAGUGACUUUAGAUAUGGGAUUAUGUAUAUAUAACAAAUAGGAAAUAUGGAGAGGUUAAUUACGUGCUUAAAGACAACUUUAACCAAACCUAACCAAAGUCUACUUCAAGUAAAACCGACUUUGAAGAGUUAAUUGACGAAGUUUGGAUACGAGGAAUCCGAAAGAACUGUUAAUAGCAACUCGUUUAAGUAUUUAAACGAGUACUUCUUGAAAAGUAGCGCGCCCCACCAGUGAUCUAUCUCUCCCCCAAAUUGAUGCUAUUCAAUCAACAUUACGUUCGGAUUCCUUUCAUUCGUGACGGUACACAUAGGGAAAAAUGGAAAUCAUUUGUGCCAAAAUCGUAAAUCUCAGGAUCGGCUUGAUUUAGGAAUUUGAAAUUUUUACAGCAGAUAGCUUAAGUAAUUAGGAAUUCGAGAAAAAUACUCCGAUUACUUCAAGGUCAUGUUAUGACCUUAAAAAAAUUGACAAAGUUCAACAUUUUUUGAAAAUUUUUGGUUUUUGUCCUGAAAUUUUAUUAUUAUAUUACUAAACCCAUAAGUUAUUUACAUAUUUGGAAAGCUGACGGAAUUACGAUUCUAAAUCCAUAAUUUAAAUUUUUUUUUAAUUUUUAGAUCCUACGCAAUAAUUGUCCAAACUUGGCUUUGCAAAAUUGUUAUAUUUUUCCUAAUCUUUAAAUUUAUACCCCUUGUAUAUGCCCUACCCCCUCUUUUAGAUUAAACUUGGAUUGAUGAAAAAGUUUAUAAAGGCUAUGGAUAAAGAGAGUGAUUGAUUCAAAUACCUUAGAGAAGUCUUUCCCCAGUUGAGUGAUGCCAAAUUAAAAGAAGUUUCCGAACGAUAGUGAAUGGGAUCUGGAUUACUUUUCGAAUAUUCAGAUCAUGAUCGGUUUAGCCGGAUCAUAGAAAACCAUAUAAUGACUCAUACGACAUAUGUCAGUUGAAAGGGAGGUUCAAGUUGUUUUUUCAACUUGAUUUAUAAAUUAAAUGAAAAAUGUCUGCUAAUCAAGAAAAUCGUCCUGAACUUUACGAAGAAGUAAAACUGUACCAUAACGCCAGAGAAAGGGAAAAGUAUGACAAUUUAGCAGAUCUCUAUGCCGUGAUAAAUACUUUACAACACUUGGAAAAAGCUUAUAUUAGAGAUUGUGUGGUCGCCAAAGAAUAUACGGGUGCCUGUAGUAAAUUAUUAGUUCAAUAUAAGGCAGCUUUUCGCCAAGUGAAAAGUGAUGAAUUUCCAACUCCUGAUGCCUUCGUUAAGAAAUACAGGCUUGACUGUCCUGCAGCUUUAGAACGUAUUAAAGAGGAUAGACCAAUUACAAUAAAAGAUGACAAAGGUAAUACAAGUAGGUGUAUUGCUGAUAUUGUCUCAUUAUUCAUCACAAUAAUGGACAAACUGAGAUUGGAUAUUCGUUCCAUGGAUAAUUUACAUCCCGAUGUUAGAGAUUUGGUGGAUACCAUGAAUAGACUUAGCAUUUUGCCAUCUGAUUUUGACGGAAAACAAAAAGUUGCAGAAUGGUUGAAUACUCUAAAUGAGAUGCAGGCCUCAGACGAACUUUCAGAAUCUCAAAUUAGGCAAUUUCUUUGUGAUCUUGAAAGUGCUUAUGCAUCAUUUAAUAAAGUUCUUCACAAUUCAGCCUAAUGAUUUUAUAUGCAUUUUAUAGUAAUAUUUGUAAGGAACAUUUUAUAAAAUUAAUAAUCUAUAUAUUUACUAAAAUGUUUGUAUAGUAUAUCCUAGUUGCCCAUUUAAAUAAUUUAAAAUAUUGUUAGAUUAGUAAUAGGUUCAAUUAAAAAUUAAGUAAUAUCAUUGGGUAUAAUUUUUUGUGUAAUAGUAAUAUUUUUAUAGCUUUAAAUUGAAACGGUGGUCUUAAUCAUCCUAAUGAAGUAUUUGGAGAUUAGUAAUCAGAAAGAGUUCUUCAAAGUUCAGCUUGUUACCAUCCACCAUCUGGUGUUAUUCUUAUAGUUUUAUAAUUGUCUGAUUUUGGGAAAUUGUUAUCCUACUGGAACAAGUCGAUGACGAUUCAAUCAACCCAACUUUGGCAAUAAUGUUUUCAUUCUUCUCAAAUUGUCAACAAUAUGUCAUAUUUGUUGAUUUUUAUAUUUUUUGUACAAAGACUUCUUCAGGUGACUCGGCUAGUCUGGGAUGAUCUGAAAGAUUGGCACAUGGUUGACCAGAAAGGUUUUUUGAUAUUUCAUUGACAAUUGGGAACAAAUUAUCAUUAGUCAUUAACCAUUGCGACUUGUGAUAUGCCUGUCACGUCCCAAAUAAAACCACCUGAAGGACCUCUGAAAUGGCUUAAUCAUGCACCUCGGCACUAAAAUUCAAUGUUACUGGGCAAGUUUGCCCAUGUUUGAACUCACAUGUGUGACUGCUGUGACGUUUGUAAUUUCUUUCUCCUCAAGCACCAAAAAAUUGCGGAUCAUCCGUGAUACCUUAUAUCAUGAAUAUUGUGAAUUAGAUGACAGGGAAAUCGAUUUACCUUCAUAUUUGAAGAAUCUGAACAUAUUUUAACUUGCUAAAAUAAUGGUACUAUCUUGAUCUCCCGUACCAGAGAUUUAAGUUUUUACACUGUUUUUUUGAGGACGUAGCUUUUAUGAAAGUACAUCAGAGUAUUUUGACUUCCUGGAUGAAGGGUGAAAGAUCCAACUUUUCCUUUUCCAAUUAUCAAAUAUAAUCGAAGUUAAAGCUUUUUCAUAUCAUUCAGUAAUUCAAUUAGCGUAGUAGGGAAUCAAUCAAACUUUGCUCUUAAAGUGUUAUGAAGAUAAUAAAAUUGUAUUGUUACACUAUUUUGAGAACAGCUUUAAGUUGAACUAUGUGGUCUGUUUAAUUCAGAAAAGUUUUAGAAGGAAUAUCAUAGGUAAGGAUAGGAUUUUUACUUUUACAGGAAUUUAAAUUUAUGUGUAGGUGAUUUAUUGGCAGACUUUAAUGUAUGCAACAAAUUUCAAGAAUAGUCCAUUUAAUGCAAAAAUUUAUUUACAAUGAUUUUUAAUAUGAAAUUAUUUUGAUUAUGUCUCAAUUUCUUUUCGUUUUAAACUAUCAUUUGUUUGCUUUUCUCUUUCUAUCCGCAUUUGUCUUUUCACAGCUUUAGUUUCCAGUUCUUCACAAUGUUCUGCAAACAUUAAUUUUAAGGCGGGGAUUAAUUCCGGUAAAAGAGAUAAAUCUGAUAAUGAGACCUAAAAAUAUUUAAUUCAAUAUAUACAUAUUUCGAACCAAUAAUAUUUUUGCCAGUACAAAUAAAAAAUUUGCACAAGAAAAACCGAAUCUACUAUUUUUUGAUAAAAAUAUUUUGAGAAUAACUGGGAAGUUAGGCUCAAGUAACAUUCCUCCAUGUCCAUAGAGCUUAUAGCAAAAUUAAAGCGACUCGAGAAAAUGGAUAGCAUAUUUCAUAAUGUGAGAGAGUGCUAAAAUAUAUAUUCGCAAUUACAUAAGGCAUUAAGCAGGGUAAACAACUAAGAUUGCUUCGACUUUCUUGAAUAAGGGGCAUAAUAAACCUUAAGAAUGUAACAGCCAAUUGUAACUAUAUCUACUUGAUAAAACACCCCCAAAGAUCCUAAACUGGAAUCAACUUAAUCAAUUCAUAGUUUGAUAAAUUAAACAACUGUGAUAGUAGUGUAGCUGUAGAAUAAAAUCAAAAUUAUAAUAAUAAUAGAGAUAGGCAGAUAAUUGAUAAAUUCAUUGUUCUAAUAUCAAAUCGGAACCAAUAGUAACAUAGACCUAAAUCAUUUGGAACAAAUAUAAAUAUUUGUAAAAAGUACGAUUCGGAACAAACUAACUUUUAUAUGUAGUCGAAGGAAUUAUCGUCGUUGUUGGAUAAAAGGUGGAAAGUGUUUUAUAGUUUUUUUACAAUUUAUUCCAGCUUUGAGGAGGUUUUUAAGAUCUUAAUUUUAAAGCCUUCUGUAAUUGAACCUAACUGUUUUAUAGUAUAAAUUGUAUAUAUUUUUAUUUUAAUUCAUUUUAUAUAAUAAUAUGUAACAUGCCAUUCGCUUUUCUUCAAAUAUUUCGAAUAUUUCUUUGUUCGCUUAUUGUGGUUAAAUAGUCACUUCUGUUUUAAUCAUAAAAUCCAAUUUUUUGAAGAAAUUAAUUUUUUGUCGAUGUCGCACUCUAUUCGAAAAAAUCAAUAAAACCUCUGUAUCGAUUCUAAAACGUUCUCUAUGUACAUUCUACAAUGUAUAAUUAAUAUAAUUAUAAGUUUAAAAUCAACGUAAAUUUUAGUAAGUAGUUCUACAGCUACCAGAUUGGAGUUAGCUGUAUCCAACUAACAUUGUCAACAAUUUGGAACUAAGCUGAGGGCUGCAAGUUUCCAAAGACAUUUCCCAGUUCUUAUCUUCAAUAUAUUAUAUAAAUCGGAGUUUUUCUUUAAUUCACAACGUUGUUCUUUCUUGAGAAUUACUUUUUAGUAAAUAUUUGCUUUUUGCAACUUUUUCUUAUUGUUUUCAGCAACAAAUAUUAAUUUGGAGAAUCGUAUCUGGGGAUUAUUUAGUUUUUAUUGUUUAAUAGGGUAUUUCCAGCUUUACCACCUUUUUUCUUCACUUUUAACUUAGUUCGUUAAAAACCUGGUGGCGUCUAAUUUAGUAUUAAUUGUUUAUCCCAUUUAGGUACCAGCCAGGGAAGUAAGGUUACAAAUAAAAAAAUGAAAGUUAGAACAAAGCACUUCUGAUGCUUAAAAUCUGAAGUAGGUAUCAUCAAAUGUGUUAAUAAAAUUAGAAAUAAAAAGAUAAGAUU